GAAAACACACCUUUUAAAUUCUUGCUCCGCACAACUCUUCUCAAUAGUCUCACUCCAACUCUCUCCCAGACCAAUCAAGCUCUCAUGGCCACUGAAGACUCCACCGACCCUACUCCGCCGGCUCCGGCACUGUCCGACCCAGCUCCGGCCCUCCCGGAGUACCCAAAGAUGAUUAUGGACGCGAUCGAGGCCCUUAAUGAGAGCGAGGGGUCGAACAAGACUUCAAUAGCGCAGAAAAUCGAGUCCACCUACAGCGAUCUGCCGGAAGCUCACCCAACCCUUCUAACCCACCACCUCAACCUCAUGAAGCAGAGCGGCGAGCUCGCUUUUGUCAAGAACAACUACAUGAAGCCCGACCCCAACGCGCCGCCCAAGCGCGGCCGUGGCCGUCCCCCCAAGGCCAAGGUCCCGGCUCCCGAAGGAGCCGCCGCAGUGGUGUCCUCGCCUCCCAGGCCACGUGGCAGGCCUCCCAAGCCUAAGGAUCCGUUUUUCCCGCCCCCAAUUGUGAAGAGCUCGACCUCAAGCGGCUCAGGCAGGCCACGUGGACGCCCUCCGAAGAAGGCCAAGACUAGUCCGACUUCGACUCCUGCUUCGGCUCCGGCGAGUGGGGCCCCUAGAGGGAGAGGCAGGCCACCGAAAGUGAAGCCCUCCGUGGCUCCGGUGGGGUGCUGAGCUCACAGUGAGAGAGAGAGUGAUAGAGAAGCCAGGAUUGCGUUUUAGGUUUUUAAAUUUUUUUUGGGUUAAAUUUUAGGGUGUGUUUAAAUUUAGUGCUGGGGCUAAUUAAGGGGUUUAAGCUUCAUUGGCUUUGUUUUUAAUUUUCAACGUGUUGUUGUUCAUUUAGGUUUGAGGGUGGCCGGAAUUCUGAAUCUCGGGUUUGUAAUGUGACUGUAAUUUCAUGCCAGUGUAAAUUUGAUCUCAGCGGCUACUUAAGCUUUUUCUGUGGUUAAUUGAUUCUAAAUUGUCGCU